CUCCCCGCCUCCCGCCUUCGCGGGCCGGCGGCGGGCGAGCUCGCGGGCCCGGCCUCAGCACUCCGGUACCCCGCCGGUUGCCGGCGGUCCCCGCCCCCCGCCGAGUGCAUGAGGUUGACGCUACUUUGUUGCACCUGGAGGGAAGAACGUAUGGGAGAGGAAGGAAGCGAGUUGCCUGUGUGUGCAAGCUGUGGCCAGAGGAUCUAUGACGGGCAGUACCUCCAGGCCCUAAAUGCUGACUGGCAUGCCGACUGCUUCAGGUGUUGUGAGUGUAGCGCCUCCCUUUCACACCAGUACUAUGAGAAGGAUGGACAGCUCUUCUGCAAGAAGGACUACUGGGCCCGCUAUGGCGAGUCUUGCCACGGGUGCUCCGAACAUAUCACCAAAGGACUGGUCAUGGUGGCCGGGGAGCUGAAGUACCACCCUGAGUGCUUCAUCUGCCUCACCUGUGGAACCUUCAUCGGAGAUGGGGACACCUACACACUGGUGGAGCACUCUAAACUAUACUGCGGGCACUGCUACUACCAGACUGUGGUAACACCGGUCAUUGAACACAUCCUGCCUGACUCACCCGGCUCCCACCUGCCCCACACAGUCACCCUAGUGUCUAUCCCAGCCUCUGCUCAUGGCAAACGAGGCCUAUCUGUCUCCAUCGACCCCCCUCACGGCCCACCAGGCUGUGGCACGGAGCAUUCACACACCGUCCGAGUCCAAGGAGUGGACCCAGGCUGCAUGAGCCCCGAUGUGAAGAAUUCCAUCCACGUUGGAGACCGGAUCUUGGAAAUCAACGGCACGCCCAUCCGGAAUGUCCCGCUGGACGAGAUUGACUUGCUGAUCCAGGAGACCAGCCGCCUGCUCCAGCUGACCCUUGAGCACGACCCCCAUGACUCACUGGGCCACGGCUCAGUGUCGGAUCCCAGCCCCCUGGGCUCCCCGGUGCACACUCCCAGCGGACAGGCAGGCAGCUCUGCCCGGCAGAAACCGGUCUUGAGGAGCUGCAGUAUUGACACAUCCCCGGGUGCCGGAUCACUGACCUCACCAGCCUCCCAGCGCAAGGACCUGGGUCGCUCCGAAUCCCUCCGAGUGGUCUGCCGACCACACCGCAUCUUCCGGCCAUCUGACCUUAUCCAUGGAGAGGUGUUGGGCAAGGGCUGUUUCGGCCAGGCCAUCAAGGUAACCCACCGAGAAACAGGCGAGGUGAUGGUGAUGAAGGAACUUAUCCGGUUUGACGAGGAGACCCAGAGGACAUUCCUCAAGGAGGUGAAGGUCAUGCGCUGCUUGGAGCACCCUAAUGUCCUCAAGUUCAUUGGUGUGCUGUACAAGGACAAGCGGCUGAACUUCAUCACAGAGUACAUUAAGGGCGGCACCCUGCGGGGCAUCAUCAAGAGCAUGGACAGCCAGUACCCAUGGAGCCAGAGGGUCAGCUUUGCCAAGGACAUUGCAUCAGGGAUGGCCUACCUCCAUUCGAUGAAUAUCAUCCACCGAGACCUCAACUCCCACAACUGUCUGGUCCGUGAGAACAAGAACGUGGUGGUGGCCGACUUUGGCCUGGCUCGGCUCAUGAUAGAUGAGAAGAAUCAAUCUGAAGACUUGCGCAGCCUUAAGAAGCCGGAUCGUAAGAAGCGGUACACGGUUGUGGGCAACCCCUACUGGAUGGCACCAGAGAUGAUCAAUGGUUGUAGCUAUGAUGAGAAGGUGGACGUGUUUUCCUUUGGAAUUGUCCUAUGUGAGAUCAUCGGGCGUGUGUAUGCAGACCCUGACUAUCUCCCCCGCACUAUGGACUUUGGCCUCAAUGUGCGGGGUUUCCUGGACCGCUACUGUCCACCAAACUGUCCCCCAAGUUUCUUCCCCAUCACUGUACGCUGCUGUGACCUGGAUCCCGAGAAGAGGCCCUCUUUCGUAAAGCUGGAACAAUGGCUAGAAACACUUCGCAUGCACUUGGCUGGUCACCUGCCACUGGGCCCACAGCUGGAACAACUGGAGCGGGGCUUCUGGGAGACCUACCGGCGGGGCGAGAGCUCAUUGCCUGCCCACCCCGAAGUCCCCGACUGAGCCUGGUUGGCCCUGUCAUCCCCAUCUCCGCCUCUGGAGAAAGCACCCUCACCAGAUUUCUCAGCAAGAGGUGGCCUAGGCAUGGAGCCCUCAGCCAGGGCCGUGGUGCCCAGACCCAUACCCCCUGACCUGCCUUUUCCCCUCCUGCAGGGUGCCCCCCCCCCAAGCCUCUCUCUGCCUCUGGCCCCCAAGUCACCAGGCUGCACACACACACAUGGUCAGUCACAUUGCCCUGCCUUACCUCCCACUCUGUGAGGCCACCCCCUCACUUGGGUUUGCAUGAGCUAGAGGGUCGGAGAAGCUGGACCCAUCCCAUGCACUGCCUGCAGCCAUCUGCACACCGCCCCGGCCGGCCGGCAGCUUCUCCCAGCAAGGCCAGGCUAGAAGGCAGCUUUAGAAGUGAGUCCUCACGACAGU